AUGGCGACCAAAGCAGACGCCGGUGAGUCUCGGCCUCCGCAGAACCAUAACAAAUUGAUAUUCGCACCGGGCGAAGCACCAGCACUGCCGGACCCUGGUUCAACGUCCACGCCCGCGCCGUCGCAGGCUGCUCAAUUCUCUUUGUCGCGCCUGCACCGCUCCGACCUCUCCAGCGACCCGUUCCUCCAGUUCCACAGCUGGUUCACGCAUGCGCAACUGCGAGGCAGCGUGCCGGAGACGGUGACGCUCUCGACGGCGUCGUUGCCCUCUGGCCGCGUGAGCUCGCGCGUCGUGUACCUCAAGGAACUCGACGAGCGCGGGUUCGUCAUCUACUCCAACUUCGGCACGAGCCGGAAGGCGGCCGACCUCGCGACCAACCCCCACGCCAGCCUGUGUUUCUGGUGGAAGCCGCUGGAACGCCAGGUGCGCGUCGAGGGCGUGUGCGAGCGCCUCACCCCGGAGGAGAGCCAGGUCUACUUCGACACCAGGGCCCGGGGGAGCAGGAUCGGAGCGUGGGCGAGUCAGCAGACGAGUGUGCUCAAACCGCUGCCGUCUCGACGGGAGGGGGAGCAGAACGACGACGACGACGACAACGACGGUAGGCUCGAGUUGGAAAAUAGGGUCGAGGAAGUUUCGCGCCGGUUCGAAGGCCAAGAACAGAUCCCCGUGCCGCCGUUCUGGGGCGGCUUGAGGAUCAUUCCCGACGUGAUCGAGUUCUGGCAAGGGAGGGAGAGCAGGCUACACGACCGGUUCGUCUACACUAGACAAGCACGAGAUGGCGGCGAGUGGAAGAUUGAGAGAUUGAGUCCGUGA